GUCCAGCGCUGCCCACCCGAGGGAGCCCGCGCGCCACGACCGCACCUCUCUCUGCCCCUCACACAAGCCGGCACCUGUACCAGGAGCCCACUGAAUCCACUAAUUGCAGAACUGAAAGAUAAACAUCAUGAGUAUUUCUUCAUUAGGAGAUAUUGGAAAAGGGAGGCCUUUACCAUCAGGAGAAGAGGAGCACAAUAUCCUAAAACAGAUGAAAGUACUAACUACACUGAAGGGGUGACCAGAGCUGAUCACCAAGCAUGACACUGAGGACCAUACCAAAGAGCCGUUGUCAAGUCAAAACCGAGCUACAUCCUUCUCAUCUGUGAGAGAUGAGUCAAAUGUCAGGUCUCCAAACACAAGGGCUCCAGCUGGUUAUAUCAUCCGGGGAGUGUUCACCCGAACAAUAGAUAGUUCUUCUCACUCCCAGCAUCACCCUUCUAAGACCAAUGGCGCUGCAAGAAGUGCUUCUGGGCAGCUGGGAACAGCUAAUUCUGGUCGUCCUCUUCAGUCGCCUGGCUAUAAGAUGACUACAGAAGAUUAUAAGAAGCUAGCCCCGUACAACAUCAGGUGCAGCUCCAUAUCAGGGACUGAGGAAGAGGAGGUGCCAUUCACCCCAGAUGAGCAGAAACGGAGGUCCCAAGCUGCAAUUGGUGUUCUCAGGAAGACAGCACCACGGGAGCACUCUUAUGUCCUUUCAGCAGCUAAGAAGACCACUAGCAGUCCUACCCAGGAACUGCAGAAGCCAUUUAUUGCAAAAAGGGUUGAUGUGGUAGAUGAGGACGUGCUUCCUGAAAAGAGACAAGAACCACGUGCUCUGACAAGACAUGCUCCUGGCUUAAGCUUGACAACUGAGAAGAUUGUCCAUCUGCAGAUCUCAACCCCCAGAGCAGGACUCCACCUGGUGGCCCCAGACCUGGAAGCCCUGAGCACUCCAGAUGCUCGUGAGAAGAAAAAUACAGCCCCCAAGAUCAUCAACGCCUUACAGGAGAUACAUGGUGACUCAAAUGUGGCUUCUCAACAACUUGCAGAUCUCAGCAUUCCAAAGCCACAGAGUAGCCCCAGCGAACCCCAGCAGCAAAUCAAAGUAGAGGACUAUACCAACAAUCAGAAAAGCCCUUCAAGCAGCAUUGCCACUGUUACCGUCUCCAACACCUCCGAACAAUCUCAAUUGACUGUUCCUGGUGCCUCAAGUGAGGUGGACUCCAGCUCAACUAUCAAAGGGAUUCUCUUCGUGAAGGAAUACAUGAAUGCUAGUGAAGUGUCUUCUGGGAAGCCAGUGUUUUCACACUGUGACAGUACCAGCUGCAUUGAAGAUUCAUUGGAUCUGGCAAAGAAAGCCCCCCGUGAUGGCACUCCACCUUCUGACAGACCAACUGAAGGGGUCUGUACUUACUGUAGCUGUGAGAUCCAAGACUGUCCGAAGAUUACCCUUGAACAUCUUGGCAUCUGCUGCCAUGAGUAUUGUUUUAAGUGUGAGAUUUGCAAUAAACCAAUGGGAGAUCUCCUAGAUCAGAUCUUCAUUCACCGUGACACCAUCCACUGUGGGAAAUGCUAUGAGAAGCUCUUCUAGGCUGAACAGAAGCUGAUGAUCCCCAGCUGUCUUUGGCUGUCCAGUUGACCCAAAUUGUUGGCUCCUCCUCCCUUACAUCCUCCAUGGUUCCACUGUACUUCUACCCACCUUGUACUGAACUAGCAUACAUUCAAGAUUGUAUAGCAAUGAUGUUAUAAUUACUUUUGUGUAGCCUUUUAUACCUUAGGAAUAUCUCAGUUCAGGCUUGAAAUCCUUGCUUCCAAUAUAAAUGAAUCCACUUUGACUUCCCUAAGAUAUGUUGGCUUUCUAAUGAGUGCAGAUGUCCCAGUAUGUUAGACAUGGGUACAAGUCUAGGUAUCAGCUUAUGCAGACUUUCUGAAACUUCUGAUGGGCCAAGCCAAAGAAACUGUUGACGAUCCCUGGUAGGGAAAUUACAGGCAUUGAAUGCUAAGGGUUGGCAAUAGGCUAAUGUUUAGCUUGUCUAUUCAUUCUGUGUGAGUGUGUGGAUGUGUGUAUUUUUAAAUUUCUCACAAUUUUUGAAAUAGUUAAUUGUCUUUGAUUGAAUUGUGUAGCAGAUUUAAAUUACCUCCUCCCAUUCUCCUUUGAGUUUUUCCAGUCAGUUAUGUCAGCACAUGUUGGAAAGUUUACCCAGCUUUAAAUUUGAUAAGAUACACUAUUAGAAGGCUUCUAACCAAAGGGAUAUCUGUGUCCGUUUGAAUUUUCAUAGUUGGUUAAAAUCUUUAGCUUCAGUAUUUCUGGACUUUUAUUCUCUGAGCUGCUUUUAAGGUGUAUAGAUCUUAAAAGGGUAAAGAAGAAAACAGAUAAGGUUUCUUGAGACUUCGCCACACACCCGGCACUAC